CAUUUCACCAGCAGAUGAUAAGCUGUUCUGACUGCAGUCACGUGGAAAACGGACAUCAUGUUUCUCGUCGGAUUUUGGGUGCUCCUGGUAGCCAUGUUGUCUUCGUUACAGACGACAACGUGUCAAACUGCCGAGGACGAAGACUACGUGACAGCCAAGUCAGUUUUCAUCAUGGUGAAGGACAACGUGCGACAAGUGUCAGUGAAGUACGCGGCUCGCAGCAGACCCCGGGUGUACUGGAAUAUGGGCUGGAAACAGUAUACAGAGAAUGGAUUUAAAGUAGUUGAUGAUUACUCGGACUCGGAAGGUGAAACCUCACUCAUUAUGCCAACUGAUCACUUCACUGAAGAUCCAGACAUACGCCUUUGGGUUUCCUUCACGUUGGACGAUUUCUCAUUGGUCUUACAACUGCGCAGAGGCGACAUUCUUAUGAACAGCUUCGCAGAUGAGACAUUUAAGCCGAUCUACCUAACAAUUCGACCAGGUGACAGCAUGAGCUACAGCAAAGGCGAUAUUGUCUAUCUAAAUGCGUCAGUGGCGUCGGAAGAUCACACACGCUAUCGAGUUGGGCAUACCUCUCUCAUGCUGGAAGCUCUAGACUAUUCUUUCAGCCCACCUAAUCGAGUUCAAAGAUUUGCAUUAGGUAGUUUGAAUCAAAGGGUCAUGCGUGAAGACCGAAAAGCAUUGGUGCUGUCAGCCAUGAUGCCAUCGCCUUCCACUAGUAAUAUUCUUUCAUCUUCAACAGCCAUACUAAACACUACUUAUGAUCUGACUGAAGGAAGGCUGCUUUUUACCAUUGAAGUCGGAGUAAAUAGCAGAAUUAUUGAAGGAAUAAUUAUGACACGAGGUGUGUAUGUAAAGGAACACGUUCACGAAUCGCCAUUUAUGGAAAACUCGUUAACAUUUGUUGACGGUUCCGGUCUGUCUGGUGGACAGUUUGAUGACUCGAUAACGAGUUCUGACCCUAGAAUCAAUAUCCGAGUCAUUGGAAAUCCUCGUCCAACUGUCAAACUGUAUCGUGGAUGUGAACAACUAAAGGAACCAGAAAUCACUAAGUUGGAAUCGGGGUCAAGGUUCACGGCCGACGUCACUUUUAUGUUCAACAAUUUCAGCCAAGCAGUGGAAGGAGCGUAUCUUUUGGUGGCUACCAGUGGAACAAAACAACUUCGAGACAUCUUUUCAGUUGAUGUCAUAUCAUAUUAGAUGGAGUUAUACUCGAAAUACUAAGCUGUAUUCUUGUCUAGUCUGCGAAGUAUUUGAUUUCUAGGAGUUCCAUGCAUACCUAAUGCAAUAACAUUGUUAAUUUUACGAAACCGCCACCGUCUACUGUAGACUAUAGUAAAUAAAACACAUUUUUAUUCCAAUA